AUAAGUGCCCCACACCUUUUAGCCUCCAAAAUAUUCCAUGCCCCUCACAACUAGUACAAAUUAGUCUUUGCCUUCUCGAUCGAUUGUUCGUCCCUCGUUCCAUUCUCUUUGUUUCCUAAGUUCUCGCGUAAGUUCUCGAAGAACCAAUACAUAAGAAUAACACUACCCCACCAACCCAAAUUGUUCCGCAGAUUCCAUAGAACCGAAGUUUCAGUAAAUGGCUCAAGAACUAGAGAGAGCUCGAGUCACCGAAUUGCACGUCCGCAUGGAUUGUAAUGGCUGCGUGCAGAAGAUCAAGAAGGCAUUGCAUAAUAUCGAAGGUGUUUAUGAUGUCUACAUAGACUUUGCCCAGCAAAAGAUAACGGUGGUGGGGCGUGCCAAUCCCGAAGCAAUUGUCAAGGCCAUCAAGAAGACCAAAAAGAUUGCAACUGUCUGCUCCCACACCGAACUGCCCGACCCAGCUGCUGGCAAAUCGGAACAGCCACCACCAGAUGCAGCCAAGGAGCAAGCACCACCUGCCUCCGAACCACCAGCCGAAACCCCGCCAGCUUCGGACCCUCCAAAAGAACCCCCAAAAGAAGAACAGAAAGCCGAGCCAGAAGUGAAGCCCUCCCCGGAGGCCGAGGCUGCCACGCCAGCGGAGGUGAAGGAGGUCGGAGAGAUUCACAUGGUGCAUCAAUAUCCGCACGGGUACAGUGGCUUUCAACAUGAGCUCACCCCUCAUGUUUUUGUUCACAGCUACAACAGCUACAGGCCUUCAGCGUAUGCGUCAGAGUAUGGAUAUCUCCGGUCGCCUCCUAGGGACAUCAAAUACAAUGGAGGAAGUUACGGAGACGAACAUCGUCACUACGGCAAUGGAGAUGGGAGUCAGAUUACAUCGAUGUUCACUGAUGAAAACCCAAAUGCUUGCAGGAUAUCUUAGGAUUUCAGUAUCUUAUUCAAGCAUGUAGGUAGCUUAUUCAUGAUGAACUAUAUGGGAACAAACUCAUAGCUAAAGGCUUUAGACCUGUCCCCUUUACUUUUGGCUGUGUAAGAGUAGUUUAAAAUCUAUAGUUAGUGAAAAGAUGAUGUAUAGUGGUGUAAGGCUAAGGAUUAAGGAAUAAGUAAUGUGUGAGAAAGGAGAGAAGAGAAUAAGAUGCUUACCUUGUAGUGGGAGAUAAUUUUGAUGAGCAUCACCACUACUACUGUUUACUUUGUUAUCUAUCAUAAGAAGCUAAUAAAGUAAUAUUCUAACA